AUGGUGAUCGCCGGUGGUCCUGAGCUGUCGCCAGUGCCCGCUGCCGCGCCGUUGGCUGUGGUCGGCAGGACCCCGUCGGAGCGCGGAACGGUGACCAUCCCGACGAAGCCCCCUGUACCACCGGCUCCGAGGCCCGGGACAACAGCCGCUGAAAUCCCUCGUCCCCUCGCACACGCGGAUCCUGUUGCGUCGUUCGUUGCCCCCAAGGGCUCUCUGACGGUGGACGUUCCGGCGGCCCCCCUCGGUGCUCCGGCUGCCCCUGUGUGGCUGGGCCCUGACCCCCUUGCUCUGGUGGUUGUUCCGCACCCCCCUGCUCCUGUUGGUGCCCUGUCUGUCCCCGCCGUCCCUGCUCCUCUGCUUGCCGCCGGUGCCCCGGCUGUGCCGAUCCCUGUCGGCGCCCCCGCAGUGCCGAACCCUGCCGUUGGUUCGUCGCCGCAGGCGGUGUCAACCACCACUGGCGGCCCGGGCCCUGGGGAGUCGGGGGGAGCCGCCCCUCCGAUUGUUCCCGCGUCAUCUGCUGUUGUUCCGCAGACUCAGCGCCCGCCGUCUCCUGGCGGCCGGCAGCAUCGGCCGCACUCCCCUGCGCCACGUGACGAGCGGGAGAGGUCGAGGCGGCGACACGACUCUCCUCGGCGCCGUGGUUCACAGGCGAACUGGGCUGCAUCUCGUGGCGGGCGCGGUGGCUGGUGGGGAGGGCGCGGUCGUGGUAUUGAGUUUGUGACUGCGGCAGGGGGACCUGUGACGGCGCAGUAUCCGUCCCUCCUGCCUGUGGGUCGUGCUCCUCCGGCUGCUGCGCUACUGGUACAGACGUUGGUGGGGCCCCUUCCAUCGGCUGAGGUCCCUGAGGCGUCUCUGGGGCAGUUGUGGCGCCUCUCAGAGGGUCUGCGGGCUGUGCAUCUGAUUCAGGUGUAUGGUCAUGCGGCUCUCUCCCAGGGCGUUUCUCUGGAUGGCGGACCUCGGGAUGAGUGCCUGGAUGCCGCUGAUCGGCUUGCCGAGCUCCUGGCGCCCGUGUUGGCCGCGCCCGCGCGGGGUGGAGUUGCGGGCGUUGGACAGCUUGGGACCGCUCUCCGCGGUCUGCGCCGGUUUUUGCGCGCAGGGACUCCAGUCGACCUGAUCGGCGCAACCACUGUGGUGGUGCGCGAGCUUCAUCGCUCCCUGACGGGGCUCCUUGCCGUUCUUGACGCGGAUCGGAUGUAG